UCGUUUCGUUCGCUCACUCGUUCGCCGCGUUGCUUUUUCGCCAUUGUCGUCGUCGUUCUUUAGUAGAAGUAGCAAAGGAAGAAGCAGAGCUGUGUGGAAGAAGAAAAAGGCAGCAGCAAGCAAAGGAGAAUCUUCUUUCUUUUGUGUGUGUUGUAUGUGAAUUUCAAUACAAAAAAUUUUCACUAACCCAAGCUAAAAAAGAUUUGGGGUUUUGUGUGUUGAAAAUUGUUUAAAAAAAUGCGGAAUAAACCAACACAAGUACGGUUAUUGAAUGUGAGUGAGACGCGCGUGUAAUAUUGCAGAUAUUGUUGGUGAAAAGAAAAAUAUUUUGUGUGGCCAUUUGCAAGUGCGGUUUACGUCGUUGUCGUUGUCCCGCAAAGCACCGCCCGCGCCCAGUGUCUGUGUUUGUGCGUGCGUGUGUUUGCGGUAGCCGUUGGUGCGUCGUCUUUGUCGUCAUUGUCGCCGCCGCCGCCUAUAUAAAAUUGAACAGGCGGACGGACUGUUUUCCGUUUUGAUCAUAUACUUUGAUCAAUUAUUUAUAUAUGUGCAGCUCAGUACUUCAUGAAUUUGAUGACGACGAUGUAAUUUGCAUGAAAUAUAAAUUGUGAAAUAUUACAAAAACAGUGUCUGUGGCCGCUAAAUUUUUGAGCGCCAACCACCAAUUGGAUAUGGAUAUUUUAACGCCAGCUUUGAACGAUACAAAAUCGCUGUACCACCGAUGAAUGAACGACACCAGUGACGCGGGCCAAUACCCAGCCAACAGCGAGUCGGCAACAACGAAACAAAUGCCCUGUGGCCGGGGGAAAAAAGCCAAUUCCAAGCUCAAAUGGCCGCGGGUUCUUGAGUAUUCAAAUUUUCUGAAUUGUUGUCGUUUUGCUCUACAAAAUCUCCACUAGUUGUAACUAAUUACAACGUUAAAAAAAAUCUCGAAAUUAUUGAAAAAAAAAAGUUGACAAAAAGUACUGAAAUAUAAAUCAGUAAAUUAAAUAAAGUUACAAUACAAAAUAAUACAAAUAAUUAAAAGUAAUGCAGACUAAAGUGUUCAGAGGCAUGUUUUUGUAAAUCUGUUUUGUGCAGCAUCAAUAAAAAGUGUGUCCAUCUAAAUGUAAAAAUAUAAGUCUAAAAUAAUCGAUGUUUGAAUGUUAACAAUUAAAAUGAAGAAAAUUGCAUAAAAACAAAGUGCACAGUGCAAACAUAAAAGCACAUAAGAAAGAGAACACCGUGUAAAAAUGUCACCGUUAUUUUUAAAUGUUAAAAAGCGUCCAAGUACUUUGCGGCAGCGCAAACAAACAUCGUUUUUGUACCACGGUGCAAUGGAGUGCAUGUGAAGCAACUAAAAAUGUGUGCAAAUAUCAGUGCAGAGUACACGCCGUUUAAAAGUAACAACAUAAAACAACAGUGAAACUAUAUUUAGUGUAAGAUUUAAGCGUCGUGCAAGCCAGAAAUUGUGAAAUUUCCAUAUACUAAAAAUAUUUAAAUUCAACUUAAAAAUAAAAUAAGAAAAUCUUGCGGCAAAAAGUUAGUAAAAAGCGCGUUAAAGUGAAAAGUAAAAAUAUUUGAUUUAUUUCUCUACAACAAAGUGUCAACAUUAGUUGUUUUGUAGUUGUCGAAACACAUUACAUCCCAAAUAUCCUACUUUCUCGCUUCAACUCUCUCUCUCUCUCUCUCGCUAUCACACCCAGCGUGCGCACUGUUAUAUGUGCGUCCGUGUGAAUUUAUAGAAUUUCUUCGUUAAGCAGCUGUUAUAAAGAAAUUUACAUCUAUGUACAGAAUAGAGGAUACCAGCGGUGCCGCAAUGGAUAAAACCAAGCAGAAAUUAUCCGCAGUUUAUGUAUCCAGCGCGGCAGUGAGCGGCGAGUCAGGACGUCAACGUCAUGCGCCGCUCUACGGACGAUUUGUGGACGAAGAAGAGCUUCCUGCAACACAUCGAGAUGUUAUGCAUCAUCGAUCUAGUCCGACGUCAUCGUCUGAAGUGCGUGCCAUGCAGGCACGAAUUCCAUCACAUUUUCGUGAUCCAGCUACGGCGCCGUUGCGAAAAUUAAGUGUGGAUUUAAUUAAGACCUACAAGCAUAUAAAUGAGGUUUACUAUGCGAAAAAGAAGCGACGCGCUCAACAGACCCAAGGCGAGGAUGACUCGUCGAAUAAGAAGGAGCGAAAAUUAUAUAACGACGGUUACGAUGAUGAUAAUCACGAUUAUAUAAUUAAAAAUGGUGAAAAAUUCUUGGAUCGCUACGAAAUUGAUUCGCUCAUUGGAAAAGGCAGUUUUGGACAAGUGGUCAAAGCUUACGAUCACGAAGAACAGUGUCACGUAGCGAUAAAAAUUAUUAAAAAUAAGAAACCGUUCCUAAAUCAGGCACAAAUCGAAGUGAAAUUAUUGGAAAUGAUGAAUCGUGCAGAUGCCGAGAACAAAUACUAUAUUGUUAAAUUGAAACGGCAUUUUAUGUGGCGCAAUCAUUUAUGUUUAGUGUUCGAAUUGCUCUCCUACAAUUUAUACGAUCUACUACGGAAUACGAAUUUCCGCGGUGUUUCAUUGAAUCUAACACGUAAAUUUGCCCAACAGCUUUGCACUGCACUGCUCUUUUUGAGUACACCAGAACUGAAUAUAAUCCACUGUGAUCUAAAGCCCGAGAAUAUAUUGCUUUGCAAUCCAAAGCGUUCAGCAAUAAAGAUUGUAGACUUUGGCAGUUCAUGUCAGCUGGGACAAAGAAUAUAUCAAUAUAUUCAGUCACGUUUCUAUCGUUCGCCGGAAGUGCUACUCGGCAUACCCUACGAUUUGGCGAUUGACAUGUGGUCACUCGGCUGCAUUCUAGUUGAGAUGCAUACCGGUGAGCCGCUCUUUUCCGGCUGCAACGAAGCCGAUCAAAUGAACAAAAUCGUCGAGGUGCUCGGCAUGCCGCCGAAAUAUUUACUCGAUCAAGCGCAUAAGACGCGUAAAUUUUUCGAUAAAGUCGUUACGGACGGUUCAUAUGUGUUGAAGAAGAGUCAAAAUGGACGUAAAUACAAACCGCCAGGUUCACGUAAACUACACGAUAUACUUGGCGUUGAAACGGGUGGACCAGGUGGCCGGCGCCUAGAUGAGCCGGGUCAUUCGGUGGCGGAUUAUUUGAAAUUCAAAGACUUAAUAUUGCGAAUGUUGGAUUUCGAUCCGAAGACACGUGUAACACCGUACUAUGCCUUGCAACAUAAUUUCUUUAAACGGACAACCGAUGAGGGUACGAAUACAGCAGCGAGCAUAGCAAUAUCAUCACCGUCGGUGAGUUCAACAUCAUCGUCUGUAGCGAUGGUAGUGGGUAAUCAACAACAGCAGCAGCAACAACAAAGCCAGCAGCAACAAUUGGUGUCGGCCGCCGCGUUGCAACAUCCAGAGCCACAAGCGCAUGGCAUGCUUCUGCAUCUCGGCACGCACUCCUCCUCCUCGAACUUAGCCGCGUCCAAUUCUUCCGCGCACAGCAACAGCAACAACAGCGGCAGCCAACAGCAGCAACCGAACAGCCUCGGCAGUUUGAGCGCCAGCAACAGUUUAACAGGCCUCCAUCAUCCCAACAGCUUGCUGCACGCGCGCAGCGGUUUGCGCGGCAAUGCCGCACACGCCGCUGCGUACUCCAUGCCCAAGUCGAUGUAUAAGAAUCAACAGCAGCAACAGCAAACACAAGCUGCGGCGCUGCUGGCAGCGCAACAGGGUCUGCAGGCGUUACUAUCGCCUUCGGCGUCGAGUCACAAUAGCAUUGGCAGCAGCGGCAGCAAUAGUAAUUGCAAUCAGAGCAACAACAACAACAAUAAUAGUAACAGCUAUCCGCAUGCCAUGGACUGCGAUCCGCCGCAGAUGCCACCGCCGACGCGCUUCAUCAGCACCAUGUCCAAUUCCGCCUCUGCCUCGUCGUCCUCAAAUAGCAGUAACAGUGGUGUCGGCGGUGGCGGCGGCAGCGUCAGCGGCAAUAGUAGCGCCGGUCGCAUGCGUGCAGCGCAUCACACAUUUAUUGCACCGCCACAGAAGCCGCCACAUGCUGCACAACAAACACAACAGCAACACCUCGCUUCCGCACAACAGCAACAACAAGCGCCCACGCAACACAACAGCUAUGCACCCACCUCACUGCCCGCCGAUUUGGUGCAUCAUCCGCUGUCGUCGGCUGCCUCCCAUCUUAUGAUGACCGAUUCGAGCGUCAUAACAGCCAGCGCAGCUGGGAAUGCUUCUGGACCGCUCUCCUACACAUCGCUGUUGUUUCAACAACAACAACAACAGCAGCAACAAGCACAACAGCAACAUCAACAGUCGCAAGCGUCCGCUCAUAUGUACAGCACAAUGCCGAUACAGCAUAUGAUGUCCGUCGGUGACAUGUCGCUACAGCAUCACCACCUGCAGCAGCAACAGCAACAGCAACAACUCGCACAACAUCAGCGGCGUGGUGGCAGCGUGGGUGGCGGCUUUGGCGGCAGCAACAGUAGUUUGAUAGGCGUUGGUGGCGGCAGCAGCCUCAUGAGCGCCAGCAUAUCAGGCAGUGCCGGCGGUGGCAUGAGUAACGUCAGCGGCAAUGUUGGCGCUGGCGGCGGCAGUGGUGGUGUUGUCAGUGGCACCAGCGGUUCCAGUGCUGGCGGUGCUGAUGCCUCGUCGCCUAUGGUAGGCGUUUGUGUUCAGCAGAGUCCUGUAGUUAUUCAUUAAUUAGUUGAUAAUGAUAUAUACUACAUACAUACAUACUAUGUAUAUUUAUGUGCAUAGGCAUACAGACUAUGUGUACGAGUAUAUGCAUAUUAUAAAUAUAUUUGUAUUUAGUUUUAAAAGCGCGUUAAACAAUAGCGAAAUUCACCACAAGCACCAUACCAGGCACACAGCGCAUUUACCUGGAACGCAAAUGCGAGCAAUUGUCAAAGCAAUCAAAGUUCGAUGUGUAAAAAGUGUGGACUUGGCAGUUCGUUGCGCCAGUGAUGGUGAUUGCUGGUAUUUCAUUUCUAGCAGGCAUGAUGAAAUGCAAAAAAUGCAAAAUUUUGAAAUUCGUAUGAAAUCCACAUACGUUCCACACACAAAAAAAGUUUUGUGUUGUUAUUAAUUGUACAAACGCUAAGCACUAUUUGAAACACACAAAAAUUGGCAUACACAUAUGUGCCACACGAAAAGCCUAAACUUGCAAGUUUUGCAAAGUAUUUGAUUUUUACCCACAACCAUUGGAGUGUAUACAUAUUUUGUGCAGGGAAGUUUAUAGCCAUGAAUUAUUCAGAAACGUUAAUGAACAUACAGUUAGUUCGAGUGAAGCACAAAAGUUUCAGCAGUUGCGGUCAAGCUUCGACAAAAUAAGGUAUGCAUUUUCUGUUUUGUUUUACGUUAAAUCAGUCUAGUUACCAUUGCAAAUUUAACAAGUAUACAUAAUUGGAAGUUGUGGAGAGUAAAGCAAAGGAUAGUAUGCAUUAAAUUCAAAUCUCUCACGAAACUGCGCUCUACAUUAGAUAUUUGAAAACAUUGCCAAAAACAAACAAUAUCACAAAACAAUUAAUUGCAAUUUGAAUUAUGAUCCACUUACUUUUGUAUGCAAUUUUACAAAGUUUAAUGCUUUAAAAUUAAGUUUCUAUAGCGUUUUAAAACAUACAAAACAUUUGCGCGCGUUUUGUAAUGCAAUCCACAUGCGUUCCACUACAAAUUUCACUCUGCUUUGCAAAACAGCGUGUAUAAAAAGGUGUCCACAAUAUUGCAUACACAUUUUUAACGAUACACACAUGCAAUCCACAUAAAAAUGCGUUGAUAAGUGUGCUAUUUCACUUGGUGGUUUUACAGUCCACAAACAACUCAUAUAUACAGUUGUAUCUAAACACAGCGAAAUCAAGAAAGCCAACCAGGCGCAUAUUUAGAAGAAUCACAUGCACUUUUCCCUCCCAGAUAUAUACAUACAUACAUAUGUAUAUAUGUACAUAUUUAUAUACAAAAUAUUCUUUGGUGCACUUAUGAAAUUGUGCUAACAACUGCCGGCAGCAAACAUUUCUAUACAGAUUGUGAAAGAAAUUUGAUUUCGUUCCAAUUUCUCUACCUUUAAUUAGUUGUAAUUUAAAACUAUAAUAAUACAGUUAUUUUGUUGCCUGCCUGCCUUCAAUGGUUAUUAACGUUAACGUAAAACAGCACGUAUACGAUUAUAUUCGUAACGUCAAACUUAAUUUGUUGACAACAGAAACAGAUUAACUAAAUAAUAUAGAGUAAUAAUUCUAUUUAGACUAUUUGUAUUUCUUAUUAUUAUUAUUUUGUUUUUGCGCUGUAAACUUGUAAAUGCAACAACGUACAUACUAUUUUUACUUUUUUUUUGUUUUGUUGUUUCAUAUUUUUUGCUCAGCCAAUCGACACUACCUUACUUUGUAUUUUAGUGUAGUCACUUACAUACAUACAUACUUGCAUAUGCAUAUAAAUAUUAUUUUUCUCGCAAUUUAUUAAUAAAUAAAUUAUUAGUUUAAGACAGUCUAGGAAAAAUGCCCGCAUGGCAUAACAAUAACAACAGCAAGCAAUGCUUAAGAAAAAAAAAAAAUAAAAAUUACAAAAAAAACUACGUUUACGUGCGCAAAAAUCUCUACACACAUAAAUACUAAAUAUUUAAUUACAAUGCCUAUAUUACACAUAUAGUAUAUAUACAUACAUAUAUUUCAUAAGGAAUAUACAAAUAUGAUAUAUGAUAAGUCAAAAAAAAUUUAAUCUACUUUGCAGUUUUAUUUUCCACUACAAAAAAGAGAGUACCGCUAAUUUACGGUAAACUAAAGGAAACUACACAUGCGUAGUAAAAGAAAAUACAGUUAAAAAUUGUUUUAGCACAA